AUGUCACGCCAACUUCUCCAAGAGCCAGUCCAGGAUCUCCUGGAUGCCCUAACAAAAUCCGAAGGUCCCGACAUUCUCUCAACCUUCACCACAAGUCCCAAACCUCUAGCCCACGAACAUGGCCUCCCCCAACUAGCCCCCUUCCUGGGCCGCUCAUUUCACGGCCAAGAAGGCAUAUCAGCCUACUUCGACCUAUUAUCAACCUAUCUCCAAAUUGAGAAUAUGAAAUUCGAGCCCGAAGAGACAUGGGUCAUUGACGAGAGCUGUAUGGCCAUCGCAUUACGGGGCACGGCGACAUUUACAUGGAAAGAGACACAGCACUCGUGGGAAGAAACGUUCGCAUACCGAAUCAAAGUCGCAGAGGAUGUGAGCGACGACUCAGAGAAGAACGGGUCGUUGAAGGUGUGCGAGUAUCAGAUUUGGGCUGAUACCGGGGCCGCAUAUCUUGCCAGCUUGGGCAACUUGGACGAUAUGCCGGAAUAG